AUGGAUGACCAAACAAAAUUGUUGAUUGGUUUGGUUUGUAGCGAUGAAGAAUUGGUGGAGUACUACGUUCAGUUAAUCACUGAAAUUAAACGGUUCAGUUUAAAAGCUAUUUGGUGUCCCGAUACAGAACGAAGUAUAGGUAUUGCAGCCGAUAACGAUGUGCCAUCCGUGUCACAUACAGCAUUUCAGUUAAUUUCAAAAAGUGAUACAAAUGCGAUUGUUAUUGCUGGACAUGCUGCUCAUAAUGCCUUAUUUUGUAUGCAAGCACAAGCUUUGAAGAAGAAAGCAAUAUGUAUUGGUACAGCUGCACUUUCUGAGCAGACGGCUCAACUGCUUGCGGAAUUUUCGGAAAAGCAUCAUACAUUUCUGCAAAUUAUCUAUCCAUUGAAGCAAAUAUUGCGAAAAAUAGGUUCAAUUCAAAGUAUAACUGCAGAGGCAACAUUCGAACAACCUCACGAUGCUAAACAUCGUCUGUACAACGAAUGCAACACUGUUCUUCAUCAAGUAAGCCAUGAACUUAUCGAUGCUCUGAGUGCAAUUUGUGGUUGCAACCCGAUACCGAUUGCAGCCACAUGCCAUCAACAAAGCAGUUUGGUGGAACAUUUUCGGUUGCAAGAAUUGCAAUAUGUGCAUAUGCAAAUUGCAUUUGGUAAUGCAGUUGCAAGCAUUCGAAUUACUGUAAAUACAACCAAAACAUUGGUUUUGCGGAUCACUGGCGAACUGGGGUUCUUCCAGAUGGACCCUCGUAUGCUUAUACUAGAAGGAUGUGAAGGUCAAGGAGUACUAUGGCGAGGUGAUGGUACCAUGGAAAGUAUUAUUCGUACCGGCAUCGUGAAAGCCUUGGAAAACUGUGAUUGUGAUAAAAUAUCAACAGAUACCAAUGAGCUGAGUUUGGUGCAGUGUGUUUCGACGUGUCGUUUCAUAUGAUCUGUCAGAUAUCUAAAACGGUUAUCCUCAAAUUGGAGUUAUUUAGCAC